UCUCUCUCUAUCUCUCUCUAUCUCUAUAUAUACACACACACACACUCUCACUCCGCCAACCAACUCCAAUUGACAAAAACAAAAUAAAUAAUGGAUCCCCUGUCGUCGACGGCGUCGGCGGUGCUGAACGAGACGUUCUCCGGCGCCGGUGACGAUGUUUCCGGGAUGGCGAUGCUGAUGUGGGGGCGGAUUAGAGGGUUCCGGCUGCCGCCGGUGGUGCCACUCCUCAUGGACAUUGCCGUCUACCUCUGCCUAAUCAUGUCCACAAUGCUGUUCGUGGAGAGGGUUUACAUGGGGGUGGUGAUGUUCUUCGUCAAGCUCCUCCGCCGCACGCCGGAGAAACGCUUCAAAUGGGCGCCGUUGGAGGCCGACGCCGAGCUCGGAAAUGGAGUUUAUCCGAUGAUUCUCGUACAGAUCCCAAUGUACAAUGAAAGAGAGGUUUAUAAGCUUUCAAUCGGCGCAGCAUGUGCACUAUCUUGGCCUUCCGACCGAAUCAUAAUCCAAGUUCUUGAUGACUCAACAGACCCAAUUAUUAAGAAUUUGGUGGAAACGGAAUGUCAAAAGUGGGCAAGUAAUGGAGUGGACAUAAAAUAUGAGAUUCGUGACAACAGGAAUGGGUAUAAAGCAGGGGCAUUAAAGGAAGGCAUGAAACGUUAUUAUGUGAAGCAGUGUGACUACGUUGUUAUCUUCGACGCUGAUUUUCAACCCGAACCCGAUUACCUCAUGCGCACCAUCCCUUUCUUGGUCCACAAUCCCAAGAUUGCCCUUGUCCAAGCUCGUUGGAAAUUCGUGAAUGCGGACGAGUGCUUGAUGACAAGGAUGCAGGAAAUGUCUUUGGAUUAUCAUUUUACUGUGGAGCAAGAAGUUGGGUCUUCCACAUAUGCAUUUUUUGGCUUUAAUGGCACGGCAGGUGUAUGGAGAAUUGCUGCAAUUGAUGAGGCUGGUGGAUGGAAUCAUCGUACAACUGUUGAGGAUAUGGACUUAGCUGUUCGAGCUAGUCUUCGAGGCUGGAAAUUCUUGUAUAUUGGUACUCUCACGGUGAAAAAUGAAUUACCAAGUACGUUCAAGGCCUUCCGCUAUCAACAACAUAGAUGGUCAUGUGGUCCAGCCAAUCUUUUUAGAAAAAUGUUUAUGGAGAUCGUAAGAAAUAAGAAUGUUAAUGCUUGGAAGAAGGUUCACGUAAUAUACAGCUUCUUCUUCGUUAGGAAGGUGAUAGCCCACAUUGUCACAUUCGUCUUUUACUGCGUAGUACUACCCACAGCUUGUCUGGUGCCUGACGUUGAUGUUCCAAAAUGGGGUGCAGUUUAUAUUCCCGUUGUCAUCACUAUCCUCAAUAGUGUCGGCACUCCGAGGUCAUUUCACUUGUUGUCGUUCUGGCUGCUGUUUGAGAAUGUUAUGGCACUACAUCGGACAAAGGGAACCUUAAUAGGAUUGAUGGAGGUGGGUAGGGUGAACGAGUGGAUUGUGACAGAGAAAUUAGGCGAUGCUUUCAAAUUAAAAUCGGCUGCACAAGCCAUUAAAACACCACGUUUCAAGAUUGCAGAAAGAGUGCUUGUUUUAGAGCUAUGUUUUGGGGCAUAUCUCUUGUUUUGCGGCUGCUAUGACCUUAUAUUUGGGAAGCAAUUGUAUUAUUGGUACAUCAUACUUCAAGCCAUCGCAUUCUUUAUAAUCGGAUUCGGAUAUGUGGGCACCAUUGUUCCCUCCUAGCUCCUAGCUCCUAGCUCCUAGCUCCAACCAAACACGCCCUUAGGCCACUCCUUGUUGGUUUCCAAAAACAAUUUGGGUGCUUGCAUGCAUGCAUGGUGGAUUCUUUAUGGCUCAAAUGGAUUCAUUCAAUUGUGUAGAGAUUUGAAUUCAAGAUUAAAGGGAAUAUAGAGAGGGAAAUUCAAGGAAAGAUGGAAUGUGUUCUUUUGAGAAGGGAAAAGCAAAAAGGAAAGUGGAUGGAGAAAUAGGACUCUCUUAGCUUGCUUCCAUGGCACAUAGUUUGUGUAGUGAUAGUAACUUAAAUGCAUCUCUUUCAUUUGCCUUUUCCUUCUCUUUUGUAUUCCAAUAAAAUUGUGUAAAAUAUUGUUGCUUAGCUCAUUCAUAUUGUUUAAUAGACUCAAUAAUGAAAUCAAGUAUAGUCGAGAUAGAAUUUAUUGUCAA